AUGUUCUUUCACGCUCUAAACUCCAAAGUCUUAAUCGGCGUUCCCCUUAACUCUUCUGAUAGUAUCUGUCACUUCCAAUAUGCAGACGACCUCCUAAUCUUCUCCACUGGAGGACAUGAAGACCUUCAUAUAAUCAAACUAAUUUUGUAUCUCUAUGAGGGGUCUUCUGGCUUAUCCAUAAAUUUUCAUAAGAGCUGCCUAUAUUCUUCCAACUAUGGCUUUCAACCUCAUUACACCUCUGCUAGAAUCCUUAAUUGCUCCUGUAGCAGUCUCCCUAUCACUUACUUAGGAAUCCCUCUCUCUGGUCGUCGACCUAGAAGACUUGACUGGGAGAAACUCAUUGGUAUGGUUCGUUCCAGGCUCACCACUUGGAAAGCUAGUUAUUUAUCUCUUGGCGGUCGCUUGACUCUUGUCAACUCUGUCCUCUCCUCCAUGCCUGUUUACUGGAUGUCGGUUUUUAAGCUCCCUGCUUGGGUGAUCAAGGAAAUUGAUAAAAUUCUGAGAGAUUUCCUUUGUUGA